CCAUAUUAUCCUACACCCUCUAUAUCUAUGAGAUCAAAUCAUGCCUCGACGAUUUCAUAAGAAGUCAAGAAAUGGGUGCAAUCAAUGCAAGGAGCGGCGUGUCAAGUGUGACGAGACACGGCCCCUAUGCAGUGCAUGUACCACUCGGGAACUACCCUGCAUCUAUAGCAUACCUUGUCCUCGAAGACAAUCUGCAACUGAGGCCUCUCCGAAACCAGAUCCCAAACCACGGGCCAAGCCAGUCUUUACAUCACCAAAAUAUGAUGCCCGACAUCUGCUGCUAAUGCACAAAUUCUCAACCGAAACUUAUCAAAGCAUAUGUGGUGACCACUCUGACAUGGAGGAUUGGCAGGUCCUCAUUCCCAAGCUUGCUUUCGAACAUGAAUUUCUCUUGCAUGGCAUCUUUUCCCUCGCCGCGCUUCACAUUGUAGCCACCACCCCGGACUCAGACCAAGUUAUAUCUUACCUAGACACUGCAUUGCAGUGCAAUGAACUUGCCUUUGCCCCCUUUAGAGAGGCUUUGGCCAAUCUGACCCCUCUCAACUGCGACGCCGUCUUUGCCCAAUCAGCGAUCGUUACUAUCAUUGGCAUAGCACUCCCUCGGCUGAACGCUCAGCAUCGCGGCGAAUCCUUCAGCAUGAUCGAAACUAUGAUGACGGUUUUUGAGCUGUUACAGGGGGCAAGUAAGAUCUUACAAAUUAGCAAACCAUGGCGACAGGCAAGCAUCUUCUCCAAAUACGACUGGAGAGAUAAUACCGCGCUGGAUCCCGACAUGGCCAAUGCGAUCACACAACUGCGAAUGCUGAAUAGCUCAAUCGAAAACACAGACUCGGCACAACAUAGCAUCAACCAGGAAGCCAUCGACUCCCUACAAGACUCCUUUGCCAAAUUCACCCAUGCGCCGCAUCCUGCACCUAUCCUGGCUUGGCUCACCUACGCCAAGAGGGAAUUUGUGGAUGGGUUGCGCGCACGUCAGCCAUUCCAAUUGUUAAUCCUCAUGAACUGGGCAGUUUUAUUGAAUGAAUUAGGAGCCCAUUUCUGGUGGGCUAAGGGCUGCGGGGAGGAACUGGUCGCUGAGUUAAUGAGUGAGCUGAAGGACCAGAAUGAGAAGUGGAAAUCGGCAUUGCAGUGGCCGCAGCAAAGGGUUGGAAUAUGA